CGUAGGAAGAAGAAGAAGAAGAAGAAGAAGAGUGGCGUGAGCGCCUGAGAAGAGGCUGGAAGACUUUAAAAAAAAAGUCUGUCUCGUUGCGGGGAAAGUCACGUCAAAGCUCAGCGGCAACAUGUCGAACGGCGACGAAGAUGCGGCCGAAGCGGAGUAAAGAAGCAGCGGAGAGUUCACCGAAGAAGUUACUGAAAGAGUGAAAGCGCUUCUCCGCUUGAGUCGGACCGUCGACCGCCUUUUCCAAAUACCCCCCCCGCCCUCAACUCAGAGCGGGCGAGAAAUAGAAGCUCCACCACCCGCCCUAGCCCCGGACUUCAGCCGGAGAGCGAGCCCUCCCGGUCGGCUUCGUGUCACAAGUUGUCCCGGGGUGGCGACGGAAGAAAAAGCCCGACCCUGUUUGGCGGAGUUUCUCCAACUUUUUUUUAGCAAGGAAGAAUGAAGACACCUGGAGAUAGCGGGUUCGCCUUCCCUGACUGGGCCUACAAGCCAGAGUCCAGCCCGGGUUCCAGGCAGAUCCAGCUGUGGCACUUUAUCCUGGAGCUUCUGAGGAAAGAGGAGUACCACGAUGUCAUCGCCUGGCAGGGGGACUAUGGCGAGUUUGUCAUCAAGGACCCAGACGAGGUGGCCCGGCUCUGGGGGGCCAGGAAGUGCAAACCCCAAAUGAAUUACGAUAAGCUGAGCAGGGCACUGAGAUACUACUACAACAAGAGGAUCCUCCACAAGACCAAAGGCAAGAGGUUCACCUACAAGUUCAACUUCAAUAAACUGGUGUUGGUCAACUACCCCUUCAUCGACAUGGGCUCCACUGGAAGCGGUGUCCCUCAGAGCGCACCGCCUGUCCCGACCGGUGCAGGGACCCACUUCCGUUUCCCGCCGUCAACGCCCUCGGACGUUCUCUCCCCGAACGAGGACCUGCGCAGCCCGGGCGGCCUGUACAGCUCGGUUACCCGCCGGGUGGCGCGCGGCUCUGUGAGCGACUGCAGCGACGGCACUUCGGUCAAUUCUGAGAUAGAUGAUGGUAAUGCAGGUGGUGGGGAGGAGAGGGGGGAAAGGGUAUUGGGCGGAGGAGGGCCUGGUGGAGGAGGAGGGGGCUACAGGAGUAUCAUCCAUCCCCGCUUGACUCAUGAAUCUCUGUUCCGUAUCUACGGAGGAGCGGGCAACCCUGGUGGUCACCCGGGAACCCGUGGCCCCGGCGGGCACCGUAUCCACCCUGACUCCUUGUCCCCCUUCCCUGUGUCCCCGCUGCCUGGGCCAGGGGGAGCAGGGCUCCUGGCCCCCCCUCUAUCCCCUGCACUAAGCAUGACCCCCACAUCUCAUCUCUACACUCCCUCUCCCACUCUGUCCCCCAUGCUGGGCUCCCACUUUUCCUUCAACCCAGAGGACAUGAAGCGCUACCUGCAGGCCCACACCCAGUCGGUGUACAACUACGGGCUCAGCCCCCGGGCAUUCUUGCAGUACCCUAACAUCAUCAUCCCUCAACCUCACAGACCCGCCGCCGACAAGGUAGGUCUGAACAGCGACCAAGCAGCGGCGGAGAGAGCAGAGAGAGCGGCGGUGGGAGAAAGGGGAGGCGGGCGGCACCACCACAACCCUCUGUCCCACGCCGCCCACCACCACCCGCAUCCUCCUCAUUCUGCCCAUCCUCACCCCCAUUCUCACCCCAUACACCACGCACUCCACUUGGGUGAGGAGCCCCCACACAUGUCGCCCUUCAAGUUCAAGCUGCAGCCCCCGCCGCUGGGCCGGAAGCAGCGGGACGGACAGAGUCUGAAUAAAGUCAGACAGAGCUCGCUCUCCUCAGGCUCGGGAUCCGGUUCCAUGUCGUCCACCUCUGGCCUCGGCUCUUCGCUGUCAUUUGGCAGUGACCUGAGUUCGGCGAGCGGCUCGGGGCUCAUCUCUGCCUCCUCUUCAACACAGUCCCUCAACAGUGCGGGCCUUCCCAAGAUAAAGGUGGAGCCCAUUUCAGACAUCGAGUCAGAGGAAGAAGUGGAGGUGACUGACAUCAGUGAUGAAGACCCAGAUGAACGAGAUGAAGACUUUGAGCUCUUCGCCCCUCGCCUUUCCAGGGUCGCAAACCACCAUCACUACCCCCACCUUUCUAACGGCUCAGCUGCCCACCCGCACCCGUCCCAUCCAGAUGAGGACGUGGAUGAAGAUGUUUUCAAAGCACCCGCUCCGCCUCCGCCCGGCCUCAUGCCUUUCUUCACCUCGCACCACGGAUACUCCAACGCUCACCGCGGUCCACCCACCCUUAAGACGGAGCCCAGUGAGCCAGCAGACGGGAGCCCUCCCCUGCCCCAGAUGGCGGCUCCCCAGACCAAGUGCAUACCCCUCAAGCUGCGCUUCAAGAGGCGCUGGAGCGAAGACCAGCGCAUGGAGGCCUCGCAGGAGGAGUCGGACGACAAGAAAGUUCGGCCACAGGAGCAGAGGGAAAGUCAAACUAACGGGCGCAUGGAGACGCAGGAGGAGGGGGCCGGCGGUGGGGAAGGGAACAGCCCCCCUCCGAUGACAUACGAAAGCUCUUUAGCCACACCUUUGGCUUCACUUAGGAAGGUGAGUGCUGACCUACAUCGUGCUACCGCUCAGCUGUCUCUGGAGAACAAAGACAGCUGAUUGGAUGGAACAAAUGAGGAUUUUCAAGAGCUUGUAAAUGGUUCCUCUCACGUGCAAAGUUCCCUGAUUUUAACACCUUCGCACACCUCAAAGACCGCCUUACUAUGACUCUACCAGAUCCCCAGCAGGUUCUCUGGAUCGGGAAUUCUUUUGGGACGCAUCAUUUGGGAGGAAGGAUACUAAAAUUCAACUGUCCCAGGAACUGUAAAGCCAUGUUUCCACUGAGCAGUACGGUUCAGUUCAGAUCACCAGGGUAUGUUUUGAAAUCCUUUAUCUGGCUUCCUUUAUCUGGCUUCUUUGUGUGUGUUGGUAACCAGGUCAGUUACGUCCAUUCCUGAUGUCACAACCAAUUCUGUCAACCGAUAAACAGACUGUCCACUCUUUAGGAACCAUACCCUAAAGUAAGGUUGCCCAAAAGUGUUCCUUUGCAGAAAAUCUUUUACCACUUUCAACAAAGUAAAAAGACAGAAUCCUGCGUACCAAACCAAGUAGAAUUGAACAGUACUGCUUGGUGGAAAGCGGCAUGAACUGGGCUGCAAUCAGACAGAUAACUCUUUCAAGGAUCUUUACCUCCCACCUGGCCAGUGAAGCUCCAAAGUGCAGCUCCCGUCUUUGAAACCCACCCCCCUAUCUGUCAGUUUUCCUCAGGGGACCCGUUUUCCCUUUAACCUAUACCCACCGCCUCCCUUAACCCGCCGUGCUACCACAUGUAAAUAGAGGACUAUGACAAGUGCCUGUAUUUACAACCCCUCAGCCCCCGGGUGCAGGACUUGUAUCAAGGGAUGGAAAGGAAAGUGGGUCUUCAAGAACUGGAGGAUGGGGCUGUUGGGCGCCGACAUCUCUUAAGACCCCGGCCCGCUCUCUGCUCAGGGAAGCCCGUCGCUGUACGGUUAUUGGACUGGUGUACAUAAACAAACAGAAAAGUCAGCUGUGAAAUGGACAUGUGGUUACAGACUCUGCGUCCUGUCCUCGCUGCUUUCUCCCUGCUGUCUCUCUUUUGCGGACCACUGAGAACAUUUGAACCUUGCUUUUGCUCUCGUGUGUUGUUGAAGCAGCAGAGAACCCGCGUUCACCAGCCUAAGCUUGUUUAACAAUCAUAACACACAGUAGUGUUCAAUCAAGCCGACCAGCAAAUGACACACAAACAUGCACAAACACUGCCUUUAGUUCUUUCACACACCUUUCGCUCUUUCUCCUUAUCCAGGUCAGGGAUUUCCAAAGUGUGAUGCCCAGAAGACCUCGGUUUGAGAAGAAUAAACAUUAAACCUGCUAAGGUAAUCUCAUUUACAUCAAAGGCUAAAUUCCAGAUUUUUAGUUCCUACAUUGACUGCGUUUUUACUCACUAAAUUGAAUCUGAUUUCUCAAAUAGUUGGGCUCAAAAGAAGCAUUCUAGGAUCCUUGGAAACGCCUUAAUCUGAUUGUGUUUAGUUUUUAAAAAGUCAAGACUAACACACCUGGAUUAUGCGAUUAAAAGCCAGAUCUCUCAAAUGGACCCUCCAGGAUCCCGUUCAAUGAAAACAUAGAAAUGAGAAAUGAAGAGGAAACUGUUUAUUGGCUUCACAAAUUAAAAGAAUGGAAUAUUUUGAAGUGCAUCGAUGGAAGGAACAAAAUAAACUUGGAUUUAUUUAAGAAGAUAGCUCAGGAAAUGGAGAAUGCCAGCUUCAUUCAAAUUUUCAAACAAAUACGAGUGGGAUCUUGGAAGAGAAGCAGGUAUAUUAAAGGUAAAGAAGAAAGCGUACACAAAACUUCAAAGUGACCAGGAACAACUCUGUAUUCCACACAACUGGCAACAAUAGCAACCCUCAUUUGAAGCGGUAUCGAACAAACUGUGUUUUUCUUCGGACUUAGAACUCCUUCCAUCAAUCCAUAGAGUUUACUGAAUGAACUUCGAGACAUUCGAAAGUUUUCUUUCCAUUCUCCGUCCAAAAAUUCCUUCAAAACAUUUCUCUCCACCAGUCUUUGCUUCGGAUCCGCUUCCAAUCCAACAAUUGCCAGACGUCCUUAGAAAUGCUGUCAUGUUUGUGGCACAGUUUUUGAUCUUGUUCCUGAUGCUGUCUGCUAUUUGACAUCAGCAUAGCCAUUAGAUACGUAAGAUUGGUCAUCUGUGCCAAUAUUACAGUGGACAUCAGGUACAACAGGAACUGGGCUGUUGACUUAGAUGCCAUGUUUUGGUACGAGGUCCUAGGUCAACUGGACAAGCAAUACGUUUAUCCACGCUAAAAUUAAAUAAGUGCCCCCCCAGUGUACGGGAGGCCCACGGCGUAUGGAAACUGAGACUUCCAUAUUAUAUUCAAAAUCAAACUAUUUGAUAAAUCAGACUAAUUUAGGGCAUGGAAACCUAGUCACCGUGGAGAAAACCGCAGAAAUUCAGUUUUCCGGGAACUAGUAGCGUAUUUUAUUCUGCGCCUGAGACUUCAAACAAUGUUAAAGUUAAGUUAAAGUACCAAUGAUUGUCACACACACACGAGGUGUGGCGAAAUUAUUCUCUGCAUUUGACCCAUCACCUUUGGUCACCCCCUGGGAGAUGAGGGGAGCAGUGAGCAGCAGCGGUGGCCGCCCCCGGGAAUAAUUAUUUAGGUGAUUUAACCCCCAAUUCCAACCCUUGAUGCUGAGUGUCAAGCAGGGUUCCCAUGUCAUGUUUCGUCUGAAGGAAAAGAGGCGACGCUUCAGAUUUCUUCUCGUUUUUAGGCGACAUCGAAUGUUACAAAUGUACAAAUGUUUUUGCUCGCAAAGACUUGCCCCCAGACCGGGUUAAGGUUUCGAUUUUCAGCAAAGCUGCCAUCCCGUCUCCGAUCUUUGCAGAAACUGGAACUUCACAUUUAGGUGUAAAAAUACAAAAAAAAAAUCGAACUAUUUGAGAAGUCAGACUAAUUUAGUGCAUGGAAACGUAGUCACCGUGGAGAAAAAGCACAAAAAUCUGCAGAAAUUCAGUUUUCCGGGAAGUAGUAGACUAAUUUAUUCUGCGCCACACUUGGAAAACUCCCUGCUGUGAAGUUUCCUGAGAUUUGAAACAAAGUCGUGUUUUGUCUGAAGGAAAAGAGGCGACGCUUCAGAUUUCUUCUCGUUUUUAGGCGAUAUCGAAGCACGGUACAAAUGUUUUUGCUCGCAAAGACUCGCCCCUGAAAUGCUGAAGAAGGCGCCAUCUUCUCAGGCCGAGUUAAGGUUUAAAUUUUCAGCAAAGCUGCCAUCCCGUCUCCGAUCUUUGCAGAAACUGGAACUUCACAUUUAGGUGUAAAAAUACCAAAAAAAAUCGAACUAUUUGAGAAGUCAGACUAAUUUAGUGCAUGGAAACGUAGUCACCGUGGAAGAAAAACCACAAAAAUCUGCAGAAAUUCAGUUUUCCGGGAAGUAGUAGACUAUUUUAUUCUGCGCCACACUUGGAAAACUCCCUGCUGUGAAGUUUCCUGAGAUUUGAAACAAUGUCGUGUUUUGUCAGAUUUUUUCUCGUUCAUUAGGCGACAUCGAAGCACGGUACAAAUGUUUUUGCUCGCAAAGACGUGCCCCUGAAACGCUGAAGAAGGCGCCAUCUUUUCAGGCCGGGUUAAGGUUUAAAUUUUCAGCAAAGCUGCCAUCCCGUCUCCGAUCUUUGCAGAAACUGGGACUUCACAUUUAGGUGUAAAAAUACAAAAAAAAAAUCGAACUAUUUGAGAAGUCAGACUAAUUUAGUGCAUGGAAACGUAGUCACCGUGGAGGAAAACCACAAAAAUCUGCAGAAAUUCAGUUUUCCGGGAAGUAGUAGACUAUUUUAUUCUGAGCCACACUUGGAAAACUCCCUGCUGUGAAGUUUCCUGAGAUUUGAAACAAUGUCGUGUUUUGUCAGAUUUUUUCUCGUUCAUUAGGCGACAUCGAAGCACAGUACAAACGUUUUUGCUCGCAAAGACUCGCCCCUGAAAUGCUGAAAAAGGCGCCAUCUUUUCAGGCCGGGUUAAGGUUUUGAUUUUCAGCAAAGCUCCGAUCUUUGCAGAAACUGGGACUUCACAUUUAGGUGUAAAAAUACAAAAAAAAAAAUCGAACUAUUUGAGAAGUCAGACUAAUUUAGUGCAUGGAAACGUAGUCACCGUGGAGAAAAAGCACAAAAAUCUGCAGAAAUUCAGUUUUCCGGGAAGUAGUAGACUAUUUUAUUCUGCGCCACACUUGGAAAACUCCCUGCUGUGAAGUUUCCUGAGAUUUGAAACAAUGUCGUGUUUUGUCAGAUUUCUUCUCGUUUUUAGGCGAUAUCAAAGCACGGUACAAACGUUUUUGCUCGCAAAGACUUGCCCCUGAAACGCUAAAGAAGGCGCCAUCUUUUCAGGCCGGGUUAAGUUUUAAAUUUUCAGCAAAGCUGCCAUCCCGUCUCCGAUCUUUGCAGAAACUGGAACUUCACAUUUAGGUGUAAAAAUACCAAAAAAAAUCGAACUAUUUGAGAAGUCAGACUAAUUUAGUGCAUGGAAACGUAGUCACCGUGGAGAAAAACCACAAAAAUCUGCAGAAAUUCAGUUUUCCGGGAAGUAGUAGACUAUUUUAUUCUGCGCCACACUUGGAAAACUCCCUGCUGUGAAGUUUCCUGAGAUUUGAAACAAUGUCGUGUUUUGUCAGAUUUUUUUCUCGUUUUUUGGGCGACAUCGAAGCACGGUACAAAUGUUUUUGCUCGCAAAGACUCGCCCCUGAAAUGUUGAAGAAGGCGCCAUCUUUUCAGGCCGAGUUAAGGUUUAAAUUUUCAGCAAAGCUGCCAUCCCGUCUCCGAUCUUUGCAGAAACUGGAACUUCACAUUUCGGUGUAGAAAUACAAAAAAAUCGAACUAUUUGAGAAGUCAGACUAAUUUAGUGCAUGGAAACGUAGUCACCGUGGAGGAAAAACCACAAAAAUCUGCAGAAAUUCAGUUUUCCGGGAAGUAGUAGACUAUUUUAUUCUGCGCCACACUUGGAAAACUCCCUGCUGUGAAGUUUCCUGAGAUUUGAAACAAUGUCGUGUUUUGUCUGAUUUUUUCUCGUUCAUUAGGCGACAUCGAAGCACGGUACAAAUGUUUUUGCUCGCAAAGACUCGCCCCUGAAAUGCUGAAGAAGGCGCCAUCUUUUCAGGCCGAGUUAAGUUUUAAAUUUUCAGCAAAGCUGCCAUCCCGUCCGUCUCCGAUCUUUGCAGAAACUGGAACUUCACAUUUCGGUGUAGAAAUACAAAAAAAUCGAACUAUUUGAGAAGUCAGACUAAUUUAGUGCAUGGAAACGUAGUCACCGUGGAGAAAAACCACAAAAAUCUGCAGAAAUUCAGUUUUCCGGGAAGUAGUAGACUAUUUUAUUCUGCGCCACACUUGGAAAACUCCCUGCUGUGAAGUUUCCUGAGACUUGAAACAAUGUCGUGUUUUGUCAGAUUUUUUCUCGUUUUUUGGGCGACAUCGAAGCACGGUACAAAUGUUUUUGCUCGCAAAGACUCGCCCCUGAAACGCUGAAGAAGGCGCCAUCUUUUCAAACCGGGUUAAGGUUUUGAUUUUCAGCAAAGCUGCCAUCCUGUCUCCGAUCUUUGCAGAAACUGGAACUUCACAUUUCGGUGUAGAAAUACAAAAAAAUUGAACUAUUUGAGAAGUCAGACUAAUUUAGUGCAUGGAAACGUAGUCACCGUGGAGAAAAACCACAAAAAUCUGCAGAAAUUCAGUUUUCCGGGAAGUAGUAGACUAUUUUAUUCUGCGCCACACUUGGAAAACUCCCUGCUGUGAAGUUUCCUGAGAUUUGAAACAAUGUCGUGUUUUGUCAGAUUUUUUUCUCGUUUUUUGGGCGACAUCGAAGCACGGUACAAAUGUUUUUGCUUGCAAAGACUUGCCCCUGAAACGCUGAAGAAGGCGCCAUCUUUUCAGGCCGAGUUAAGGUUUAAAUUUUCAGCAAAGCUGCCAUCCCGUCUCCGAUCUUUGCAGAAACUGGGACUUCACAUUUAGGUGUAAAAAUACAAAAAAAAAAAUCGAACUAUUUGAGAAGUCAGACUAAUUUAGUGCAUGGAAACGUAGUCACCGUGGAGAAAAAGCACAAAAAUCUGCAGAAAUUCAGUUUUCCGGGAAGUAGUAGACUAUUUUAUUCUGCGCCACACUUGGAAAACUCCCUGCUGUGAAGUUUCCUGAGAUUUGAAACAAUGUCGUGUUUUGUCAGAUUUUUUUCUCGUUUUUUGGGCGACAUCGAAGCACGGUACAAAUGUUUUUGCUUGCAAAGACUUGCCCCUGAAACGCUGAAGAAGGCGCCAUCUUUUCAGGCCGAGUUAAGGUUUAAAUUUUCAGCAAAGCUGCCAUCCCGUCUCCGAUCUUUGCAGAAACUGGGACUUCACAUUUAGGUGUAAAAAUACAAAAAAAAAAAUCGAACUAUUUGAGAAGUCAGACUAAUUUAGUGCAUGGAAACGUAGUCACCGUGGAGAAAAAGCACAAAAAUCUGCAGAAAUUCAGUUUUCCGGGAAGUAGUAGACUAUUUUAUUCUGCGCCACACUUGGAAAACUCCCUGCUGUGAAGUUUCCUGAGACUUGAAACAAUGUCGUGUUUUGUCAGAUUUUUUUCUCGUUUUUUGGGCGACAUCGAAGCACGGUACAAACGUUUUUGCUCGCAAAGACUUGCCCCUGAAACGCUGAAGAAGGCGCCAUCUUUUCAGGCCGGGUUAAGGUUUAGAUUUUCAGCAAAGCUGCCAUCCCGUCUCCGAUCUUUGCAGAAACUGGAACUUCACAUGUAAGUGUAAAAAUACAAAAAAAAAAUCGAACUAUUUGAGAAGUCAGACUAAUUUAGUGCAUGGAAACGUAGUCACCGUGGAGAAAAAGCACAAAAAUCUGCAGAAAUUCAGUUUUCCGGGAAGUAGUAGACUAUUUUAUUCUGCGCCACACUUGGAAAACUCCCUGCUGUGAAGUUUCCUGAGACUUGAAACAAUGUCGUGUUUUGUCAGAUUUUUUUCUCGUUUUUUGGGCGACAUCGAAGCACGGUACAAAUGUUUUUGCUCGCAAAGACUCGCCCCUGAAAUGCUGAAGAAGGCGCCAUCUUUUCAGGCCGGGUUAAGGUUUCGAUUUUCAGCAAAGCUUGCCAUCCCGUCUUCGAUCUUUCCAACCUUUGUGGCCCCUGGUCACCCACGAUCCAGGCGUGUUUGAUUAUUAGUGAAACUGUAAUCCAGUCUUUCGCUCCCAAGACCAGCUGACACAUUGCCGGCAGCAGCUCAGGACGGAACGUAAUGUUACAGGGGAGAGAGCGAGGUGUGAAGGGGCUAAUACUCAUUCUAUGCACACAGUCAUGUGAAGACAACUAGGACACCCCAAUGGCGCCAUCUUUGUGUUGUGUUCAAACUGCUGAGCAAACAUCAGUUUUAUUAUCAUUACACAAAUACUCAAUGAUGUUUUUCCACCAAUCCUGCUGAAAUAUUACACGCACAUUUUUUUGAUUGAGGAUUUUUUGUAUUACAUGGAUGCUAAAAAAAAAAAAAAUCUGCCAAAGCAUUUUGAACCACAACCCACAGGGGGCGCCACAGAAGCCAUUUACAUGUGAAAGAAUUAGGAAUAGACUGUCACACCGUAAUUGACUUUGUCUCUAGUCCAGACAGAUCUAUAGAUGGACGCCCUCCAGGCAGUCUGUGUAGCUCAGCUGAUCAAUGUACUCAUCAGAUCUCACACACACACACACACACACACUCUGUUUGUAAAACCGCUGCCUUAUUACUGACUUUUUUCCUAACCUAGUCCAAAAAAAAAAAAAAACAGCACAAAGAAGAUAAUAAAUGUUUCUUAGUUUAUGUUUCUGGUGUUAAUAUCGCUCCUAAAGCCCCCAUCUCUACUUGGCAUUAUUAUUAUUAUUACUACUAUUAUUAUUAAUACGACUUUUUAUGUUGUGUACUGUACAUCAACCCUCCCUCCUCAUCAAUUCCACCUGUUUUUUUUUUAUUGUUGUAAAAUAACUCAAAUGUGUAAUUAUCCUUUUUUUUUUUUUUUUAUUAUUAUUAUUUUAUUUCUUGUAUAUUUUUUUUCCCUGGGGGCAGGUAAAAAGGUUGCAUCUUUUUUAAAGAAAGAUGUGUUGUUUGUUUAAAAAAAAAAAAAAAAAAAAAAAAAAAUCCGAUGUUUUCUUUCACCUCGUUUCCCCCGAGCUGUUGCGUAACACUCCGAUGGAGAGAUGAGCGCUAAUACCGUGACGUAACCCCCCCGCCCCCAACUGGGUUGUUUAUUUUAUUUCUCCCUUUGCCCAAACUUGUAAUUAAGUUGUAAUCAGGGUUAAUUAAAACCAGUUAAAAGCCAAAA